AUGCCAAUAGCUACUUCUAAAUCGCGGGAUAGACACAUUCCGAUAUCUCCACCCCUUCCUCUUCCUGUUCACUUCGGACUUUUACCCACUCUUUCACCUGGGAAAACUCUAUGUCCUCUGUUCUACGUAUUAAUAGAUAAUAUACCGAUAUAUUUAACACUUGAUCCCUCACAUAAACCACAUAUAUCACUCAUUCCAUUAUUCUUAACAUUAAAUCCACUUUCACCUUUAUCGAUCUUAUCAACAUUACAUAUCCAACCUUCUGAUUAUUCUCUCUCGUUAGAAGGUAUAGCACCACAUAUUGAUAUUUGGGUUCCUAUCGUUUUAGCCAGAAAGAUAUGUGGGAAUUUAGGUAAAGGAGUAGAAAGGUUAUUUUGGGAUGAAAACGAUCCGAAAAAAGGUUUAUUGGGUAGAAUCAUUGGGGAAGUGGAAAGUUGGGAUGAUGGUCUCGCUGUGGGGCAUAACUGGUUGCCACCUUCUUCACAAAUACCUAAAUCAUCCUAUUCACUCUCAUCACUCUCAUCUACACCGUUAAAAGGUAUAGAUAUCAUCCAGGAUAAUCGAUAUAUUACAACUCCACUAGAUGAUGAUACCAGAAAUCGAAUUAUACGAAAUGGACAAGAUAAAAAUCCUAGCAAGAUAAGGGAAGGGAUAUGGAAAGAUAGCUGGAACGGUAUAAUCGCUUUAUCAGACAAGGCAUGGAAAGAAUUCCUGUUAUACCCUUCCAUACCCUUAUUCCCACCCAAUACCCCUCCUGGGCCAUCAUCUUUACCUCAAUCAAGUCAAUCGAAUAUCGUCCACGAUAUACUUCCAUUAAUCCCUUUGUUAAUUUACCAAGAAUCGUCUCCGCCAACGUACCCAUUCACACUUUCUGACCUUUCUGUCCUUUUCGAUGCUUCCCCUCUUCUAGCACGUGAUACCAGCAUAUUAUCCACUCUGACAUCGUUGACUACUUCCAAGAAAUCCAGAGAAAGAGCAUUGACUUUACAGGAGAAACAGUAUAAAGCUCGUUUAGGAAUUUGUUUGGCAGAGACAAUAGGUGGAAUCAUGGUUAGUACUUGGCAGGCGUCAUUGGGCAGAAAGCAUCACCAUCAUCCUUCAAAAGGCGAUACUAAGGGAGUACUAGUAUUCAUCGAGAAAGUUGAUUUUCCUGAUGAAGAGAUUACGACUGUAAAGAAUGGUCUCAACAAGAAAAGAACCCAUUGGGAAGAUACGAUGGAAGAUUUAGAAUCGAGAAGAGGAUCAUCACCACCUCGGCAACAGGUACAUUUUCAGUACAAACCUAAGCCAGGUAACCUGCCUAAAACCAGACAGAUAUCUUCUUCGAUUGAUAACGAUUCAGACCUUCAUACACGCUUGGGAGAACAAGGAGAUGAGCCAAAUCCUGUAAUGGUUGAUGUACCUCAGAUUUAUCAAGACACCCCUCCGGGACCGCCAUACGUGACAAAUUGGAAACAUAAUGAAGACGGCACGGAACGGGUCAUGUUAAGCGAGAAAUUUGAAGGUUGGGGUCAUUAUAAAGCUUUUUCCAUUGCGAUUUUCGUUGGUUUGGUUUUGGGUUACUUUCAAGUCUUUUAA